UUCCAAGAAAUGAAUAUGUGAUUUGACCAGCUAGAUGGCCAGGGUAAUGAACCAACCCUCCCUCAACAAAAGCCAAGAGUUAUUUUUUAUAAAAAUAAAGGGAAGCAUAAAAAAUUUAGUAAGAGAAAUACAUUCUCUAACGUGGGAAAAAGAAGAGCAGGGUCUUAUAUAUUCUCAAAAAAGAGCAAGGAGAGGAGGAAUGCUGAUCUUGUCAACCCAGUCAGACCCAACUCCAGAAAUAGUUACACUUUUAACAAGUUGUCUCAGGACACUAAGACCAAGAUGAGUAAAAUAAAGCCUAAUGUUAUUUCCUUCCGAUAUUGUAGUGGGAAAGACUCUGUUUGUAACAGAAAAGGGAGUAUAAAAUCUAGCAAGCCCAUGUUUAUAGCAAAUAAUUGAUCUAAAAUUGAUGGAGGAACUCCUAUUUACACCAAGCCUCCUUCAGUAAAGAAUGCAGCAAAUUUUAAGACACUAGGCAAUGAUUACACAGAAUUCUUAAACGAAAGUAACAUUAGGGUAAAAACUCCCUCUCUCAAGAAUUUAUGAUGAGUUGGAAAUAAUUCACAGAUAAAUCCCCGAGCAAAGAGCCAGCAAGGAUACAGAAGUUUUCAACAAAGAGUUGUUAAAUCUAGAGCUAUCAAUAAGAGCAACAUUCGUGUGAAGAAUGGCAAAAUAGUUUUCAAUGUAUCAAUUGGAAACCAAGGAAUCAAUAAACGCAACAAAAGAUUAGCAAAAAGACCUGAGAAUUCAUUGAAGCCAUCAAAGACCUACCUGAUACAAAAAGGUUCUUACAUUCGUUGAAGGUCUAAGGAGUCUUUAAAGGCCGAGAAUGACCUACAAGAGACUCAAAUACCUCAAAAGGUGAAAAAUCCAGUUCGUCCUAAGGUCGCCAAAAAAGAGAUAGUUCCGCCUGCGAAGAUGACAUUGUUUUCAUUCAAGAUGCCAAACUGUGUCAAUAAAGAGAAUGAACCUGUCCAUAACCAGAGUUUCCAGGUACAACCAGUCAAGAAGCUGCUUCCCCAGAAGGAGCUGGGGAUGGCAGAUUACUCAAAAAGAGUCAAGUCUAAAUAUCUUGUCAACUACAGGCGAAUGGUCAAAAAUGAUAAAGAAAAUAAAUAUAAAUUAAGAGAUAAAAUCGAGAGUAAAGAAUUCAUUGCUGUCGAAAUCAAGAAAAAAAGGGAGCAACAGAGUAAUAGCAUCGAGAACCUUGACCUGAAAGAGAUUGGAAGUAGCAAUAGCUUCUUCAGAUAGCUGUUUCCACAUUUUAAUUAUUUCAA